AUGGUCAACGAGAAUUCUCAGGACGAGGCGCAGAAUAUCAUUGAGGAAGUCCCUCAUCAUGCUCUUUCCGCCUGGUGGUGGCUCGCAAGCACUGCGUAUCCUCUUUUAGCCGGCACUCUAGGACCCAUGGCUAGUGCGUUCAGCAUAUGCUCUUUGUCCCAGGACUGGGGUAUGGAGUCCGAGGAGGGCAAUGGACAGCCAAGGGGCAUUGGGGAUCCGGAUUGGGUCAUUGUGGUCAAUACGAUAUCACUUGGCUGCGCCAUUAUGUCGAAUUUUGUCCUUUUGUGGGGAAUGGCGCGACGCAUCGCGUUCUCCAUUGCGCAGCCUAUAAUCAUUAUUGGAUGGUACAUUUCAUCGUUGCUCUUGACCUGCCUGCUGUGUAUUUUUGCAGCGUCGAAAGUACAAAACGACUCGGAUAGCGGUAGGCAUCGGUGGCUCACUGGAUCCUACUAUUACGGAGCUUUUGCAGCAGGGCUAUACUUUGUGCUCUCUUCCCUCCUCCUAAUUACCGUCUACGGGGUUUGUCGGGGCCAUUACAGCCGCGAAUUUCGACUGACAACCAGCCAGCGGAGUCUGAUGCUGCAAACCAUUCUCUUUCUCAUCUACCUCCUCGGUGGAGCUGCCGUAUACGCAAGGAUCGAAGGCUGGAGGUAUCUUGAUGCUGUCUAUUGGGCGGAUCUCACGCUUCUGACUAUUGGUAUCGGUGACUUUGUUCCCGAGACGCAUAAAGGACGGGGGCUUUUGUUUCCGUAUGCCGUCGGAGGUAUUCUGAUUCCGGGGUUGAUCGUAGGCUCCAUCCGCGCCCAAAUGCUCGAGAAGGGACGGCAGAAGAUGGCAGAAACUGUGGCAGAAAGGACACGCCGGUUCCUCGUACGCGAAGCAUUCCAGUUGAUGCGACGUGUGCGGCAAAUUGCCACGCUCGAGCGAAAAUGGAUCUCGCUCGCCACGGCGUUGACCGUGUGGACGAUGCUCUGGGUCUUGGGAGCGAUCGCGUUUUGGCUCCCUGGACAGAAUGAAAAGUUAACGUAUUUUGAGGCGCUGUAUUUUGCCUAUACAACUUUGUUCACUAUCGGUUAUGGGGACUUUCACGCUACUUCCGAAUGGGAACGGCCAUUCUUUGUUUUUUGGACGUUGCUCGCUGUUCCGACGGUGACGUUGCUCAUUGCCAACGUUGAAGAGCAGGAGCGCAACGCGAUUGAGGCAGACGGGCACAGGAAAGAAGAAUCGGCUCGGGCACGGGGAGACGUCACAGUGGAAACAAUACAUCACCACCACUACAUGUUAUUUCGGGAAGUCCGCAGGAUGAUGGACUAUGCCACGCGCAAUCUGCACAAGGAGUUCGAUUACCAAGAGUGGGAGUAUUUCCUUAAUCUCAUAGCCAGCGAUGGAGGUGAAACCGAUGGAGAGGAAGGGAAUUCGAAAUGGGAUUGGACUGGGUACAAGAGUCCGUUGUUAGGACAGAAGACGGAGGUGCAAUGGUUACUGGAGGCGCUUACCGAAGCGCUGGAGAGGGAGUUGAGGAAGGCCAGUCGGGGUUAUCACUUGUCUGAGCAGAGCGAGUUUGAACAAUAA